AUGUCCGAGAAGAAGGCAGAAGACUCGGCUAUCGGAGAACAGAGCGUGGACUAUGGCAUUGGCCAUGUUCGCAAGUCGCAUACGGCGAGUCGCAGGAAAAGCUCCGCUGUCGAUCCAGAGAUUAUUGCGGGAGAGAUAUUCGACGAGCGUUAUGAGACUACGCAGCGUGGUCUGAAGUCACGGUCAAACCUUUUCGGUUACCGUUAUGUGUCGCGCUCUAUGGGGUUCGGCCUGGGUUGGCUAUACUUCUACUCGCUCGGUAUCCUUGUGCCUUACGAAAUCACGGCAGCCGGGUUGGUCAUUGAGUAUUGGAACCCGCCCGUGAACAUCGCAGUGUGGAUCACAGUCAUGAUCAUUGUCAUCGUUGGACUGAACUGCUUUCCAGUCAGGUUCUACGGCGAGACAGAGUUCUGGUUUGCCGGAACAAAGGUUAUCAUGAUUUUAGGGCUCCUGAUUCUGUCAUUUGUUUUGUUUUGGGGCGGCGGUCCACAGCAUGACCGACUCGGCUUCCGGUACUGGAAGAACCCUGGCGCGGCGAAUACGUAUCUAGAAGAAGGGAAUGCUGGGCGAUUUGUGGCCCUCUUAUCCACUAUGGUACUCUCUGCUUUCCCCUUCACAUACAUAUACCGCCUACUCUUCUUCUAUGUUGGCAGCGUACUGGCUAUCGGAAUCAUUUGCCCCUCCGACGACCCCAUCAUUACGUCUGGUGGUUCUGGAGCUGGCUCGUCGCCCUUUGUUGCAGGAAUUAAGAACGCUGGCAUCCCCGUGCUGGACAGCAUCAUCAACGCAGGUAUCAUCAUCAGUGCAUGGUCGUCCGGAAACUCCUUCCUAUUUUUGUCCUCGCGCUCGCUAUACGCGCUCGCCCUGUCUGGCAACGCACCUUCCGUCUUCAAAGCAUGCACCAAGUCCGGUGUACCGUAUUGGGCUGUUACUGCCUCUUCGUUGUUCUGCGUUCUGGCAUACCUAAACGUAGGCAGCGAGAGUGCGGUCGUCUUUAACUGGUUCGUGAAUUUAACAAACACGUCUGGAUUCAUCUCCUGGAUCUGCUGCGGCAUCAUCUUUCUGCGCUUCCGGAAAGCCUGCGAAACGCAAAACAUCACGGAUCUUCCAUAUCGCUCACCGGUGAACAAGUGGGGUGCUUGGUGCGUCAUCAUCAGCUUUACAAUUCUCUGUUUGGUCAACGGGUUCGAUGUCUUCUGGCCUGGGAAGUGGGACGUUAGCUCUUUCUUUACUGCGUACGUGGGUAUUCCCAUGUUCUUCCUGUUCUAUGGGGGGCAUCGCAUCUGGGCCUGGAGCGAUAGUUGGGCUUAUGAUCCAGCAGAGGUAGAUCUGAAGACGGGUCUGGAUCAGGUGCUUGCUGAGGAGGUGCCGGCGCGAACAAUGAAUAUGAAAGGGCCAUGGUGGAAGAAAAUCACCUUGCUUUGGCAAUAG